AUGUCAUUGGCGCGCAACCAAUCCGGCUACAGAAAGCGCUACGGAACAACAACUGCUCUGGCAAAGGUCACCCACGACAUCUACGGCAACCUGGAUGCCGGACGCUGUACCGUCAUGGUGCUGGUGGAUUUUUCGCUGGCCUUUAACUGCGUGGAUCAUCAGCUGUUAGCCACGAAGCUCAACCGAGAGUUCCGGUUCUCCAGACCUGCUUGUGAGCUGGUUUCGUCGUUCCUGGGAGAGAGAAAGCAAUCGGUCCGUCUGUACAUCAACAGCCUACCUGCCUCUCUGAAGUGCAACUACCAGCUCUACGCAGACGACCUUCAAAUCUAUGUUUCUGGAGAAAUCGACGAAGUAGACAGACUGAUCGGAACCAUCAACAUGGACCUCGAGGCAAUCACGCACUGGGCUACUGAGAAUCGACUGCACCCAAACCCGAAAAAAACCCAGGCCAUCGUCUUCAGUAGAUCUGGUAGAGUUGUGCCGCAAUCGGAUAUCGUCUUCAAGGGUGAAGUUGUGCCUGUCGCAGAGAAGGUUACGAACCUGGGACUGGAGAUGGACAGCGCCAUGUCGUGGACGCACCAAGUGAACAGUGUCGUCCAAAGGCCUACAACACUCUGCGGACCUUCCGACGAUUCUCUGGAGUCCUCACUGGUGCCACAAAGCGGAAGCUGGUUCAGGCAGUAA